AUGUUGUCCCGGUUCAGCCAGCCCAUCACCCGGGCAGCCUCAGCAACCACGCGCCAGCUCCCGUUAGUUCGCAACCAGUUCCGGGCAUACAGUGACAACAAUGCCCCCGUAGCAGCUGCACCUUCGCCUCCUGCACCCCGCCAACCCAAGGUCGGCGAUAUUUCAACCCCAUCCGCCAUCUCCUCCGCUACCCCCGGUGUUUCCCAGCCGCUCAGCACCCCCGAAGGCGUCCAUGUCGAUGUCAACCCUGCAGAACCCACAAAGCCUGCCGUCGUGCGCGCGCCAAGCAGCUGUACGCCGGGUACUAAAUUGAACGGACUCAAUUACUUCAAGAACAAGCCCGACGUCCUCGCCAAGGAAGAUUCCGAGUACCCAGAAUGGCUCUGGGGUCUCUUGGAUGGUUCAUCCAAAGAUAGCAAGACCAAGAAGGGAGGUGUUGACCCAAGCACUUUGAACAAGAAGCAAAGGAAGCGUUACGAGAAGAAGCUAGCUGCCCGCACCGGCCCCUUGGCUGCUCAGAUCCCUGCCCAUCACCACGCCCACGAUAUCACACCCGCAUCCUACAACCGCGACGGGUCCCCCGUGGACGCUAUGGAAGAUGCCACUGGUGGUUUCGAACAGCGCUCGGAGAUCAUCAAGACCGCACGAGACGCCCGCCGGAAGUCCAUCAAGGAAUCCAACUUCCUUCGUGGUCUAUAA